AACCGAGGGUCUGUUUUUUAUAGCUGCACUAGUUCAGAGUUUAUCUUUCUCCUAAUUCUAAUGUUAUCUUUCUCCUAUUUCUAAUGUGGAGGGAAAAAGAUAAACUCUGAACUAGUGCAACCAGUUGAGCUAUAAAAGAAUAGACCCCCAACGUAGCCUGACGGUCGCGCAUGCGCGAAAAACUCAUUGCCAACACUGAUCGGAGCGCAGGCAGCCUUUGUAACAUAACUGCAUAACAGAUUCGAUAGUGGCUACGUCGGUGGUUAUAUUCUGCACGUGGUUACUUUUUGCGAAUCUUAGCGUCUUUGUACCUGGCAAUAAAAUUAUUGUUGUACAGUAUUAUGUCAGGCAGCAUCAGAUGCAAGACCGAUUUGUUCGAGGAUUAUUGCAGGACCGACAACUUCGAUGAGUUGCAGGUUCAAUUGUACUCGAAAAUCUACUAUAACUAUGAAGAUGAAUCGCGAGCUGUAGCAUCUUCGACAACAAUUGAUGACAUGGCUACCAAAACGAACGUUGAAUCAGAGAUGCAGCAACCUCGCGAACCUGAAGUACAACUUUUGACACUUGAAGCCGCUGCAGAUUCUCAAGAGACUAUCUCUACAAAUGAGACAGAGUUUGCCCAAGUCAAUACAUUAGCUGGUAGAAAGAAGAAUCUUGUCGCACAAGAAUGCAGCAAUGGGAGUUUACAGAAUCCUUCAGCGACACAAGAAAAAGAAACCCAAGGAACUCCUUCCAAAAAGCACGGAUCUUCCAAACGCGCAAGAAAUGUACAACUAGAAAGCCCUGAAGAUGGCCAAAAUGAUGCAGCAUAUUCGAAGUACAAUGUUGUCUCGAAAUGCAUGAAGAAACAGAUACUUUUAGCCAAACGAACUGAUAAGGGUGAUGACGAUUCCGAUACUGAUGAAUCUGUAUGUGAAGUACCUAUUCCACCGAAACCAAAACCGCCACUCAUAGAUUUGGAAAAUUCCGACGAGGAAGAUUUACCUUGGAGAUUCACCGAGGCAAACGAGGGCAAUUUAAUUUUGAAAAAAUGUACGGACAAUACUAAGGCGAAAACGUAUUUAAAAGUUCCAAAAGUUACCUUAUAUGAUAGAAAUGUCUGGUUACACCUCUUUAAAGCAUCAAGUAGUCAUAAAAAUAUAUCUUCCAAAAGUCAGAAUACUGAUAGAUCGUCUAACGGUGCAGCAAACGAAACUGUUGGAAAGUCGACUUGCAUACAGGAACUUCGAGAUGAUAUUCUUUUAAAUUGCACAGUAAUUCAAAAAGGUGCUAAAAGCGUAAACGAAAUUAGACAGUUAUCGAAAAGUGUUGGGACGAAUCAAGGAAGCAAGUUGAUCGAAGAUACAAAUCAGAAGAAAAAAUCGCCGCAGAGCAAGUCGAAAGGAAAUAAUGAAAAUAAUCCGCAAGAAGAGCCUACAACAUCAGAGAGAAACAACCAAGCAAAGGCGCAACAAAAUGUUGACGAAAGUAACGUACAUGAUACGUGUACUGUUAAAGCGUCAGAAACGAAGUUAGACAGUACAAUAAUAGACCGGAAGAGGCAAAGCACAAAUGACGAGGUUGAUAGUCAGCCUAAACACAAGCGACAGUGUACGACUGGGCAGAGCAGUCAAGACAUUACGCCGCAAGGUAACGGCGGAAAGGAAGGGAACGCAUCGUCUAACGAGUAUUUGGAAUCACUGUCGGAGGAGAUGAGAAAGUACUACAAUGAAAGUCAUGGCCAAGAGAAUUUUAACAUUGAAAAGUUGCAGCAAGGUAUGUCGAAGGAUCCGCAAAUGUGGGCUAUUCUGGAUGAAGAUAUAAUGCCGUGUCCCUCCAGCAAACGUGCCAGAUAUUCCAAUAUCAAAUGUGUUAAUUGCCUUGGGAGCGGCCAUCAGCGUUACGAUUGUAUGUUACCACGUAAAUGGUCGUGUUGCUAUAUGUGCGGCAUGAAGAACCACACGGAUUCUGAAUGCCCGCAGAAGAUGUGUCUGACAUGCGGUAAGCGGCAGAACACGUUUAGUAACAUUUGUAAAUAUUGUCGCGUUCUAUAUUGUACUAUGUGUAAUUCGAUAGGGCACGAGCAAGAUCAAUGUCCCGAUCUUUGGCGAAGAUACCAUCAGACGACCGACGCGAGUAACGAGCCGCAGGAUCCGGGCAACGUGAUGAAGCCGUUAAGAUUGUUGUACUGCUGUAAUUGCGCCAAGCGCGGCCACGAAUCGUCCACAUGCAGGGAAUAUCGACCGUACAAUCACUUUCCUACUCCAGCUAUUGUCACAAACUAUACGGACGGGCCUAAAUAUAUUCCAAAUGUGCCAAGUAUCUCGCAAUCUGAGCCUGAGACCGGUCCUUCGUCACUUGAAAACAAAACAAAUCCAAAAAAUACUUCUGAUACAUCACCUAUGAAGACCAUAGACGUGGCACCUGUGAAGACCAUAGACGUGGCACCUGUGAAGACCAUAGACGUAGCACCUUCUGUCAAUGUUAGCACGUUGUCAUCGAGUGUUAAUUUUUUUAUUACGCCAACUUCAGAAGACGUUGCUAUGUGCAUCUCGCAAAUAGACGAAAACUUAAAUUCUUCUCCUGCAAGAAACAUUUGGUCCACAGUAAAAACAAAUCUCAAGCAGACCAAAGUAAGCAACGUACCAUUUACUAACAUUUUAUUUUCUUAUGGUCGUAUUAAGAACACAGAUCAUAAGGAUGUACGGAUGAUUUUAGAAAAUCUUACUACAUUCUUUCGAAACAAAAAACAUGCGUUGACUGGUUUAAUAUACCGCAAGAUUACUCCGAUAUUUCUUAAAACAUUGCAAGGAAAAGGAAUAGAGUUUGAAGUGAAAGUAGGCUUUACCCAACAUAAUACUGUAUUGUUAAGAAUACUAGCAAUGAAAGAAUGUAUAGAGUACUUGUAUGAUUUGUUGAAGUAUUGGCUCAACCUCCCAGACAAAGAGAAAUUUUCUGGGAUAGACGUGAAUCUACCUGUACAUCCUAUAAAGAUGUUCAAUCUCCUAAAUGGCAGAAUGUCACAACUCACGAAACUGGGUUUCACAUGUUAUACCGAACACAUAGGGAAUGGAGAUAAUGAUCCACGAUGGCUUUAUAAUUUCAUAAAAGCUGAACGAGCCAAGUUGGAGCAAGACAAACGGGGACGUCAACACGCGUGGAGGCAGUUGUGGCGAUUGCAAGUUAAGCUUCUCAUGAUCGUCAACACCGAGCCUAAACCGAAUAUUUUCGUACGUACGUUUCUAGAGGUGAUGCAGAAAUUUGCACCGGAACAAUAUCAGAUGGGUCCGAGGUUAGACGAUACUACUUAUCUUAGAUUUAUCCUGCUUUACAAUCAGCUAUUUGUACCUCACACAUCGCCGGAUACACCUGCGACGUUAGAUCGGUUUACAUUGGAGGAAAAUAUCAAUUUGCGGCAGGAGGCGAUACGUGAACGAGGAGACAGAAAUUUCCCGUCCACGUCGUCUUCCAUCCCACAGAAUAUUAAAGUCGACCAUUCUUCCACGAUUAAUGAUCAACAGAAUAACAAAACGUUAGUCGACAGACAAAAUGUGAACAAUACUUUGCUUGAAAUGAGCACAACAACGGCUCGUAAGGGCGAUGAGAAAAUAAUAAAAAAUUUGACGCAGAAUUCUCAGAUUAAGCGAUUAAAUAUCGAGCCUAUGUGGGCUAAAUCGAAAGACAAUCAAUCGAACGAAGUAAAGGUGUCUCCUGUACCGGCGAACAAACCGAAUAAAAAGCAGCUAUAUUAUUCGAAAAAAGAAAGAAAAAUAAGACUAAAGGAAUUGAAUGACAUUAUAAAAAGCCAAAACGAAAAGAAUAUACAUAAUGCAGCGGUAGGUCUUAUAAAAGAGGCCCGUUCCUAUAAACUACCACUUCUGAUAAAUGCAGCAGACGAAAUGCAAAGACAGAUUAGGAAUCAGACACUUACUCCCAAACAUAUCCGGAUGUUGUUUAAGUUGAUUAUAGUACAACAGAAAUAUCAAAAAGACGUUAAUAUUUGUUGCAAAAAUUUGAAAGAAUAGUUUGUAUAAAUUAAUUACAUGCUCGUUCAAUUUUAUGUUUUCGCCUUUUAUAAGGUCUGUACAUUUUAACUGUACAUGAAAACGUGUAACAUUAUCAAAGAACCGAGAUAAUUGUAUAAUGUAUGUGAGAGGAGAGAAUAUAUGUUGCGAAAAAAAUGUUAUAAAAGUUGAAAUGCGCACGUGUAAAUAUUUCACUUUACAACACGUGCGCACAACGCGAAGAGAAUUUAACCAUACAACAUACAAAUCUCCUUUGCUGACAAUCUAUCCUAAUGUUUGUAAUCAAAACUAUUGUUUUCAAAUGUCAGUUUAAAAUGUCUCAUAAUUGUAAGUCAAUUUUUUCUUUUGUAAUACUAUGUUUUUUGACAAAUCAUUAAAAAAUUCUAAUUCACA